UAAGUCGUGUUUGAGUCGUGCUACGGGUCGCACGUACGCUCUGUGUCGCUCCGCGUGUGUAUUGUUCUAUUUUUAAGUGAUUUGGAUUAUUAUGGUUCUGUGCUGUUGGGGGAAAAGAAGACAAAAGGUGACUACUAUUGUUAUGAAGUUCGGGGGUGAUUAAUUAAUUUGUGGUGUUGAUUGGAAUACACAUGUGGUACCAUUGUUAACAAGCAAUCAUAACCAGUGCUAAUUGAAUUAAGCAGCUUGCGGGUGCGCACUAAAAUCUGGAUUGAAAGAAGCAAAGUGUGGUGUUCAGGAGUAAAUUUUAAGAGUGUGUUUGUGUCCGAUGAAACUUAGGGCCAUGUCCCAAACGAAAAUCUCAACGAAGGAAUGAGUCCCAUCGCCGUCUUGGUCUUGGUCGCCGUUGCCGCUGUGCCGGUUCUUCGUAUGGCCAAUUUCCUCAACUGUUGAUGGAAACCGUACAUGUGUGCCGCAAAAGCAUGCCGAUGAUAUGGUGGUGUUCAAUCAGCCUGUGUAUGGCUAUUUGGUUUGAUUGGGAAUCAAAUGUGUGAGCUGCCAUUGAAUAGCUGACACAAUAUACAAGUUGUAGAAUAAUGGAGUGAACAUUGAUCGUGGAGUUUCAUUUUGCAAGCUUUAAGAACGGAAUAAAAAUUUAGAAGUUGUUUAUGAACUAUUAGUAGUGCUUCAACAUUAGCAGUUUUCGAAUCCUAAGUUGUAAGCAGUUUCGGUACACCCCUAAACACAAAUACAUCACGGAAACCAUCCAUCCCUGCCGCGUAUUCCGUCCACCUACCGUCCUGGUUCAACCGGUCCAUCGUCGUCGGGCAGCAUUCACUCACCAGCACCAACCAACCACAUCAGACCGACGACCGUGUGUGGAAGAAUAUCUCUAUACUGACUGGGGCGAAAUGAACUCCCUAAACUGAGCUGAGCUGCGCUGUGUUGGCCAGAAAUCGACGUAGUGAGGAGGCAAUCAUAACAAGAGAUCCACUCCGGUUCGGUCCACCGCCAGAGGAGGAAGAUAGUAGUUGGUGGCGAUCUCGCAUAUGGGCUGUUGCUAGAGUGCGGUGUAUCUGUGCGCGUAGAGCUUCUCGAGUGCGAAGAAGAGAAAUACCUUGAGGGUUCUAAACAGGCUGCCCAGCAAGAUCAUCCAGUCAGGUCCCGUCGCCACACAUCUGGAAGACUGGGCGAUGUACCUACUCGAGCCGUGUAUUGCGUGUUUCGAGGAAAUCGUGAUUGUUUUUAUAGUUUUUCCUCGGUUCCUUUCGUGCUUUGAGUUUUGACAAGUGGUAAGCUUCAAAACAUACAACCGGAGAAUUUUACGAUUCUGGUGAAAACGAAGAAAACGAAAAGAUUUAUUGUUGUGGAAGAAUAAGGUGAAAAUCGGGGUGAUUCUCGGACGGAGCCGAAGAUUAGAAGAUACAUAUAUGUGAAGAGUAAAUAGGUGAGGGAAAAGAUCAAGUUGUUUGUUGUCAUCGGGCUAGUUAACGUGAAUAGAGCGUUUCUCCAGUGCCGGGUAGUCCGAGGCUGAGAAUGACGAGAUGGCCUACGGGCCGAAGAUUUCGCGAUUGUCGCGAGCAGCUGAAUGCAGCCACAGUUGUCACAACAGGAGACUUCCGGUAGUCACAUUCGGUGGCCGGUUUUAUUGGAAUGUAGUGCUGAUAUUGGUGCUGUUCGGAGGAUCGUUGCUGUCUACAUCAGGUUUCGCCAGUGCCUUCACCAACCAAUUACUCUACACUACGUACAUCGACAUUCGGCUGGCGAAUGUCACCAUCCAACAGAACACCACCUGUUCGGUGGAGGUUCUGGUCAAGGAUCUCAACGAGGCGUCCGCGAUGGACUUCUACUACGAUCGGGGGCUGGUGUGCUUCACCGAGCACAACUCCGAGACGAUCCAGUGUGCUCAGAUGCGCGGGGACGGGGCACUGCAGCCCACCGUCAACAAAACAGCUGUGAUAACCCACGGGCUGGACAAGCCCGAGGGUCUAGCGAUAGAUUGGUAUACCGAUAAGCUCUACUGGACGGACGGCGAGACGAACCGCAUCGAGGUCGCCACGCUCAACGGCCGGUUCCAGAAGGUGCUGAUCUGGAGCGAUCUCGAUCAGCCACGUGCCAUAGCUCUAGUACCUGCCAGGCGGUUCAUGAUCUGGACCGAUUGGGGCGAGAGUCCAAAGAUAGAACGCGCCAGCAUGGAUGGCGAUCCGCAGUCGAGGGUGGUGCUGGUGCACGACCGGAUAUUCUGGCCGAACGGGUUGGCCGUUGAUCUGGAAAAUGAACUGAUCUACUGGGUUGAUGGAAAUCUGCACUUCUUGGAUGUGAUGAACCUGGAUGGUAGCAACCGAAGAACCCUCGUCAAUAACCUUGACUAUCCUUACAGUUUAACCUUCGCACCCAACUACCUCUUCUGGACUGAUUGGCAAGACGGUACUCUGCACUAUUACAAUAUUGCCAACGAAAAGCACGAAGAAAUUCUGGAUAGUCCGGUCGUCCCAAUUACCGUCCACGCAUGGGACUCCCGUCUUCAGCCGGCAGCUGACAACCCCUGUCGCAAAAACAACGGAGAUUGUUCUCAUUUGUGUCUGCUGUCAACCAACAUGGCGGGAUAUAGCUGCGCUUGUCCAACAGGGGUUAAACUACUCACCAGAUCGCAAUGCGCUGACGGUCCCCAAGAUAUGUUGUUUCUGGUUCAACGAACGCAAAUUAGUCGAAUAUCGCUGGAUUCGCCGGACUAUACCAGCAUCCAGCUGCAGCUGGGUAAGGUACGGUACGCGAUCGCCAUAGAUUACGAUCCGGUGGACAACUACAUUUACUGGUCGGAUGAAGGAUCGAAUGCGAUCAAGAAGGUUCGACCUGAUGGAACCGGCAUGGUUGAGGUCGUCAACACAGAGAUUCAGAGUCCUGAUGGAUUGGCUGUAGAUUGGUUGGCGCGAAAUUUGUACUGGACCGAUACGGGGACUGAUCGAAUUCAGGUUUGCCGUUUGGAUGGGUCGUUCAGGAGGGUGCUAAUCUACGAACAUUUGGAAGAGCCUAGGGCGAUCGCGUUAGCGCCAACGCUGGGUUGGAUGUUCUGGAGUGAUUGGAGCGAGAAAGAUCCGAAGAUUGAGAGGGCUUCUCUGGAUGGAACGGAACGAGUGUUGAUCGUUCAGCAGAAUUUGGGUUGGCCGAAUGGGAUCGCGUUGGAUGUUGAGGCGAGAAAGAUCUAUUGGUGUGACGCGAAGCUGGACAGGAUCGAGGUUGCCAAUAUGGACGGAUCAGGGAGGAACAUUAUCCUGUCGGAUAAUCUACCGCAUGCGUUUGGAUUGAGUCUUCUGGGUGACUAUCUAUAUUGGACUGAUUGGCAGAGGAGGUCUAUCGAGCGGGCGAAUAAGUUGAAUGGCAAUGAUCGUACGGUGAUUGUAGAAGCUUUUCCCGAUCUGAUGGGUCUGAAGGUAGCGAAAUUGAGUGAGGCGAAGGGCAACAAUCCUUGUGCGAUUCGCAAUGGAGGAUGUUCCCAGUUGUGUCUGAACCGACCAAGGGAUUAUGUCUGUAGAUGUCAGAUAGAUUACGAGCUGGAUCGUGACAAUAGGACUUGCUUUAUACCUUCGGCCUUUCUGUUGUUUUCAAGACAUGACACAGGAAGUAUCGGAAGAAUUUCAAUUGACAGUCAUAACCAUACGGAUUAUGCUCCCUUUCGGAGCGUUAUCGAUGCUCAUUAUCUGGACGUAGACAUAGCCGAUCGAAGAAUUUACUGGGCUAGUCAAAAACAGAAACAUAUUUCCCGAGCGUAUAUCAACGGUUCGAACGUGGAGAAGAUAGUCGAGUCAGGGUUAAUUCAACCGGAAGGAAUUGCUGUAGAUUGGUUAGCCCAUAACAUCUACUGGACGGAUGCGGAAGCUCGUCGAAUCGAAGUGGCUAGGCUUGACGGAAGCAGCCGUCGGAUUUUGAUCUGGAAGGGUAUCGAAGAACCGAGGAAUCUAAUUCUGGAACCACGACGAGGGUUAAUGUAUUGGGCGGAGUGGCCAUCGGACUCAAUACGACGAGCAGUGAUGGAUGGUAGUGAGUUAAAAACUAUCAUUUCUGGAGCGAAUCUUGCAACUGGAUUGACACUAGACCCAGACACCCGUCGACUGUAUUGGGCUUGCCAAAGUUCUCCGAUUGCCAUUGAGUCUGCCGAGUGGGACGGCACCAAACGCAAAGUUCUUGUAACGGCAGACUCCGACAAUCCGUUCGUUCCCCAUGCGGUCACCUUGUAUAAAGACUACGUCUACUGGAGCGACUGGAAUACGGGAGAGAUUGAACGUGCCAAUAAGACAACUGGCUUCAACAGAACUAUCGUCCACACGAACCUGAAGUACACAAACUCACUACUGGCGUUCCAUCCGUUCCGUCAGUCCGGAUCAAAUCAAUGCCGUACGAAUAAUGGAGGUUGCUCGCACCUGUGCUUGGCGCUGGGUCAACGAAAGAUGACUUGCGCUUGUCCAACGCACUACACGUUAACAGCGAAUCGCGUAUCCUGCAGUCCUCCGAAAAACUACAUCAUCUUCAGCCAACGUAACUCUUUCGGAAGAUUCAUGCCCAAUACAACGGAUUCGCCGGAUGUGCCGCUGCCGGUUACUGGAAAGAAUAUCCGAGCUGUGGAGUACGACGUCGUGACGCGAUACGUUUACUGGAUUGACGGACGAGGCCCAAUAAUUAGGCGAGCAUUCGACAAUGGCACCAGUGCGAAGGUGUUUAUCGAUCCGGCUUCAUCCCCGUUCGAUAUGGUUAUCGACCCGAUAGGGCGGCUUCUGUUCUGGAGUUGUUCGCACACCAACAGCAUUAACAUUACCACUUUGGAUGGUGAAAUCGAUCGCAUGGGCAACGUGGACAUCGGAAACUCAGAGAAACCACGCAGUUUGGCUUUGCACCCGACCAAGCGGCUGCUAUUUUGGACCGAUGUCGGCACUGCGCAGGCUAUCAUUAGGGCCAAACUGGAUGGGACUCAACGGAGGGAGCUUGUAACUCACUUGGAAGGUAUUACUGCAUUGGCUUUGGAUCCGCUUUCAAAUCGACUGUUCUAUGCCCACGGCAAGCGGAUCGACAUGAUGGACAUUGACGGCAAGGAGAUAAAACCAUUGGUAACAGAGCACAUCAGUCUUGUGUCGUCAAUCGCUGCCCUGAAUGGAUACAUCUACUGGUUGGAUGAACGCCCUGGGAUGGAACGAAUUUCCGUGCUCGGUGAAAACCGCCGUACGGAGAUUCAGAAGAUUUCCCACAUUACCGAUAUCGUGGCCGUGUGGACGCCGGAGCCACGAUUGCUCCGAAACCAUACGUGUAACUCGGCACGGGCCAAGUGUAGUCAUAUCUGCAUCGGAGCACCCGAUGAUGCUAAGGGAGAGGAUUUUUGCGGAUGUCCUCAGGGAUUGAUGUUGAUGAAGGAUCGUCGGAGUUGCGGGGCGCUGCCCGUUUGUGGACCUGAUCAUUUUACCUGUGCGGCGUCGUUUUCCAGCAACGGACUAGACGGGGACAACAACAAGGAUUGUAUUCCAGUAUCGUGGCGAUGCGAUGGACAGAAGGACUGUCCCGAUAGGUCCGAUGAAUUGGACUGUCCAGCUUGUGGGGCAGAUCAGUUCAAAUGCCAAUCAGGGGAGUGCAUUGAUAAACAUCUGGUUUGUGAUGGGACUACACAGUGCUUGGAUGGAUAUGAUGAGGCGGUCUGCUGCAAAAAUCCAGAGGAUUUCCAGUGUCCAACUAGUAAGGUCUGUAUUUCGUACCACAAUGUUUGCGAUGGAGAUGAACACUGCGCUAAUGGAGAAGAUGAAGCUCCGGAGAUUUGUGCUGAGUACAAUAACAGGAGGAUGGCGCCAAGUGGAAGCAAGAUCACAAUGCUAAUAGUGGUGGUCAUAGCCGUUGCUGUAGUCUUCAUAGUAGUCUACCUUCUGCAGACAUGUAGAUCUCGCUUUGGCGCGGGGUCUUCGGAACCGAAGGAAGAUCAAGCAGCAGCUCCUUUAUCUCCUGGGGGGCUCAACAAGAAUAUCCGGGUGUCUAAGUUGACAUCGGUAGCAGAUGCUGUCCGGAUGUCUACACUCAAUAGUCGCAACAGUGCCAAUAGCUACGAUCGGAACCACAUAACUGGGGCUUCCAGUUCAACAACUAAUGGAAGUAGCCUCAUUGGAUAUCCUCUCAAUCCUCCCCCAUCGCCGGCUACUACUGCGGGUUCUGCUCGGUACUCCUCCAACUAUCACCCAUACAAGCACUACAAGAUCAUUAACCAACCUCCGCCACCGACGCCCUGUUCGACGGACGUUUGCGACGAAAGCGAUUCCAAUUACACGAGCAAAAGUGCCCGAAGUAGGGAUCGCAUCGGCAUGGGCGGCGGAGGCAGCCUUGGAGGAGGCGGAACUAGCAGCAGUAGUGGCCGCGGUGGCAAAUACAAAAAUAACAGCAAUAGCGAUCGGUACGAUUCGGAACCGUACCCACCGCCGCCGACACCUCGGUCGCACUACCACAGCGACGUUGGGGGAAUGCUCCCGGAAAGCUGCCCUCCUUCGCCGAGCUCGCGAAGCUCGACGUACUUCUCACCGCUACCUCCACCGCCUUCGCCGGUGCCAUCACCCUCGAGAGGAUACUCGUAGCGGUAAGCUGGGCGCCGAGGUUAGAUUUCUGACUUGUUUUGUCGUAGCAGAAAUGUAGGAAAUAAUUUAUCGAAAUAAGAAUAGUUAUUAUGUAAAUAUUUAUUUACUCAUGCCACACUGUUGUAAAGCACAACAGUAGCAAUAUUAGGGUAAACUACCCCUCCCCAAAAUUGCAGUGUGGAUUGCCUACAUUUUUCUAGGCAGCUAACCUGCAUGACUUCCUGUUUGAGAAUGUUGUCUUCCAACGAAAUUCAUUGUCCUUAUUCGAAACCAUUCGAAUGACAACAACAAGUGCCUAUUAGAUAUAAAUUUACAAAAUUGAAUUCCUUCCAAAGUUCAUCAAUUUUUCGACGGUUGUUUUAAUCAUUUGUGAAUAUGUCUACCUAAGUCAAUUUUACUGAAAAUAUGAUUUCAUUAUGACUAACUAUUUGUACAUCUUGUGUAAUUUGUCGUUUAUGUCCGAUACAAUUAAAAGCGCAUUUUCACAAAGCCUCAUUCUCAUUCAAAUGUACAAGAAUAGUAUGGUAAAAAAUAAACCCUCGCAUUUAAAUUUCAUUGGAUUUUAGUACACGCGUAAUCCAAACUCGUCAUCCAAAACAUUAUUUUAACUUAACUCAAUCUCCUCUGUUUUGUAUAAACACAGCCAUACAAAAUAGUCUGUAGACAACCUAUCCACGAUGAGAAAAUGUGCUUAGAAGACUGACUUAAGAACUGCACCUAUGUAUCGUUCAUGUAAAAAAAGCUAACUAACGAAGGCAGCGAAUAUCUUUAUACAAUUUCAAAAUGUCAAUGAUUAGGAAGCACAUUUAUUGAAAUCUUUAGAUAGGACAUGCGUAAAUUAUAUAGCUUUACCUAUUUGUAGUUGAUAGCCAUGUUUGCCUCCUGACUGCAAACUAAUAGAAUGCCUCUUAUAAGCGAGCUUACAAUAUUCGAUGAAAAAAUUAACUGUUGAAGAGAAUAGGAAACUUGUUUAGAAGCAAUGAAAAUGAAUAUAAAAGAGAAUUAUAGUUUUUAAAAUUGUUGUACAAAAAUAUACAGAAAAUGAUUUAUUAA